GAGGGGCCAAAAUGGGUCCUUCUCUGUGCGAGCUUCGAUGGCUUCUUGCUCUGCUGGGUGCAUUGUUGUUGCUCCUCCCUCUGGCUCAAGGCGAAGACCAUUACUAUACUUUCAUCCUUAGAGAGACCAACUUCACGAGGCUGUGCACAACGAAGAGCAUCUUGACGGUGAACGACAGCUUUCCGGGGCCGGCAUUGUACGUCCGUAAGGGAGACACAGCCUAUGUCAAUGUCAUCAAUGAAGGGUACUAUGGAGUCACCAUUCACUGGCAUGGCAUUAAACAGCCAAGGAAUCCGUGGUUUGACGGGCCGGAAUAUAUUACCCAAUGUCCAAUUUCUCCGGGCACCAACUUCACUUACCAAGUUCUAUUCACUUCGGAGGAGGGAACCCUCUGGUGGCAUGCACACAGCGACUGGACCCGCGCCACAGUCCACGGUGCAAUCAUUAUAAAGCCCGCCCUGGGUACAACUUAUCCUUUUCCGGAGCCCGAUGAUGAAGAAGUCCUCGUCUUUGCAUCUUGGUACGACGAAGACGUGAUGGAGUUAAUGAUAGAGGCCCUUUCUGAAGGUGGACAGGCGACAUCAUCAAAUGCCUACUGCAUCAAUGGCCAGCCUGGUGAUUUUUAUAAUUGUUCCAGAGAAACCACACAUAGAAUAUCCGCUGAUUAUGGCAAGACCAAUCUUCUCCGUCUAGUCAACUCGGUGCAGAACACUAACAUGUACUUCGCCAUCGCCAACCACAGCCUGACGGUGGUCGGAUUGGAUGGAGCCUACAUUAAGCCCCUGGUCACAAGAUACAUCAUGAUAACCCCAGGUCAAUCGAUGGACAUUUUGGUCACGGCCGAUCAGCCGCUCGGCGAGUACUACAUCGUUCUCUCACCUUUCUUUGAUGGCCAAGCGGACGAUUUUGACCACAGCAUCGCCAGCGCGAUCUUCCAGUACAGCGGCAACUACACUUAUACCGGAUUGCCGGCGUAUCCGAGCGAUUUUCCAGGAUGGGAGGACAAACAGCCCGCAACUUUUUUCGUCAAGCAACUGAGAAGCUUGAAUUCAGCGGAGCACCCCAUUGAUGUCCCCAAGGACAACGAGAUCACGACCAGGAUGUUCAUCACGAUCGAGGUUGGCCUCAGGCAUUGCCCAAACGACUCGUGCGCGGGACCGCUAGGAGAUCGCCUCGCCGCUGCAUUGAACAACAUUUCUUUUGCAAACCCUUCCGUGGAUGUACUCCAAGCAUACUACAAGUACGACACGCUAUCCUCUUUCCUGCUUUUUGCUUCAAUUUGA